AUGGUUCAUCUCGCUUCCGUUCCUAAUGACAAGGCGGCCAAUGCUCCCUUGGUCAAGGGUAUGGAGAACCUCAAACUUGAGCCCAACAACGGGGAAGAUGAAGUCACUGCAUCCGUUUAUGGUUCCCGCUUCGCCGCCGAGUGUCUUCCUAUGCACGAAAUGCCGGAAAAUGAGAUGCCUAAAGAGAUUGCAUACCGUAUGAUCAGAGACGACUUGAGCCUGGACGGCAAUCCCAUGCUGAAUUUGGCCAGUUUCGUUACCACAUACAUGGAGGAGGAAGUCGAGAAGCUCAUGGCUGAGGCCCUGCCCAAGAACUUUAUCGACUACGAGGAAUACCCGCAGACCGCCGACAUUCAGAACCGCUGUGUUUCAAUGAUUGCGAGGAUGUUCAACGCACCCACGCACGACGAAGACGAAAACGCUAUGGGAACAAGCACGGUUGGAUCUUCUGAGGCCAUCAUGCUGGGAACGCUUGCCAUGAAGAAGCGCUGGCAAAACAAGCGCAAAGCCGCCGGCAAGGACUACUCCAAGCCCAACAUUGUCAUGAACUCCGCUGUGCAGGUGUGCUGGGAGAAGGCAGCUCGCUACUUCGAAGUCGAUGAGCGCUACGUCUUCUGCACUGAGGAUCGCUACGUAAUUGAUCCUGCGGAGGCCGUCAAUCUGGUGGAUGAAAAUACUAUUGGUAUUUGUGCUAUUAUCGGAACUACAUAUACCGGAGAAUACGAGGACGUCAAAGCCAUCAACGACCUCCUCGUCGAGAAGAACAUCGACUGCCCAAUCCAUGUUGAUGCUGCUAGCGGAGGGUUCGUAGCGCCUUUCGUCGUGCCAAACCUACCUUGGGACUUCCGUCUGGAGAAGGUGAUUUCAAUCAAUGUCUCUGGUCACAAGUAUGGUUUGGUUUAUCCCGGUGUCGGCUGGGUCGUCUGGCGCUCGCCCGAAUACCUUCCUAAAGAAUUGGUCUUCAACAUCAACUACCUUGGCGCCGACCAAGCCUCUUUCACCCUCAACUUCUCCAAAGGCGCCUCCCAAGUCAUUGGCCAGUACUACCAGAUGAUCCGUCUUGGCAAGCACGGUUAUCGCUCCAUCAUGCUCAAUCUUACCCGUACAUCCGAUUACCUUGCUUCCGCCCUCGAGAACCUCGGUUUCUUGAUCAUGAGCAAGAAGGGGGGUGAAGGUUUGCCGCUUGUGGCGUUUAGGCUCAACCCAAAGGACCAACACCACUUCGAUGAAUUCGCGGUUGCUCACCAUCUGCGAGAGAGGGGCUGGGUGGUGCCUGCAUACACCAUGGCUCCGCACAGCGACAAACUUAAGCUCAUGAGGGUCGUUGUGCGUGAAGACUUCUCUAGGGCAAGAUGUGACACGCUUAUUGCAGACAUCAAGUUAGCAAUGGAGUCGUUGAAGCAGAUGGAUAAGAGCACUGUGGAACACCAUACCAAGCAUGUUAAUAAGCACCAUACCUCGAGUGGAAAAUCGAAGGUGAACAACGAGCACUACAAGGGUGAGAAGCAUUCGCUCCAGGGCAAAACUGGAAAGACCCACGCGGUCUGCUAG